AUGCGUUCUCCCCCGCCUCCCCGUCGCCGGAGCCCGGAGAGCGCCAAACGGCGACGUGCCGAGCGCCGGCAUUCCCGGGAGCAGCUUACCGCCGCCGCCGCCACUGUAGCCGUCGCCUCGGCCUCGGCUGUACUGUCGGCGUCAGCCUCUGCCGCUGCCUCUGCCACUGCCGGAUCCCCCUCGGCCGCCGUCGCCACGCCUCCUCGGCCCGUGUCAUCGCGUUCCCAUGACGCUCCCCCCCAGCAGCAGCAGCAGCAGCAGCAACAGCAGCCGCGUCGCCUGCGUACCGUCUCGAGCUCCUCCUCGUCCUCCUCGUCUUCUUCAUCCUCCUCCAGCCCCUCUUCCUCCUCUACCUCCUCCUCGCUGCUCAACAUCUCGCGCAGGGGUCGCUUUGGUCUGCGAACCUUCUUUGCCUCGUCAUCGGCCAAGAAGAAGGUCAAGAAGCGCCGCUCGUUUCGGCGUAAGAACCGCUCGUCUUCGUCGGUCGACAGCGACUUGGCCUAUGGUGCCGGUUACGUGUCGAGGUCCUCCUUCGAGCGGGAAGAAGAAGAGCGUGUUCAGCUCCAGCUCCAGCUCCAGCUCCAGCUGCAGCAGCACCCACAGCAGCACCAGCAGCACUACCUCCCGUAUUACCCGCAUUAUCAACAGCAUCAGUCACCCCAGGUCUAUCCUCAGCCUCUUCCCCCUCCACAGCAUUCUCCUCAUGUCUAUCCGCCUCCUCAGCCCCAUCCUGGCCCCCAAUAUACCCAAUAUCCUCAAUAUCCUUAUCCCCCAUACUCCUAUUAUAGCUCCCCCGUGCCGUCAGGACAACCUGCCCCGCCACAGCAGUAUCCUCCGCCAGCGCAGCCAUACCAGUCUCCGUCACAGCAAUAUCUUCCCCCUCAUCAUGUCCCUCCCCAGUCAUAUCCUCUACAAGGACCCCCCCCUGGUUCCGAUGAACGGCCGUCCGCCAAUAGCCCGACGGAUGAAGAGAUCCUGGAGGUUGGUCGCAAGUUGGCUGAGAUUGCUCGCAACAAAAACAAGGAGGACCUCAAACGUGCCGGCAAGAAGCGCCCUUCUCGUGUAGCCGGCAUUGCGACGGCCCUGGUUGAGCUCCAGCGUCACAAAGCACACGCCCAGGCCAGCUCAUCCCGCGGGCUCGUACCAUCCAAGCAAAAGACGAGGGAUUCUUCGUCUUCUUCUGAUUCGGACUCGGACUCGGACUGGGAAUCGGCCUCAGAUUCUGAAUCCGAUUUUGAUUCCUCUUCUGGGGAUACGGACUCUGCCCUUGCCUAUGGUCCUAUGCCCCGCUUCUCUGAUCAGGAUCUCCCUCUUCCUAUGUCCCCUCCUCAACGUUCUCAUUCACACGUUUCCUACAGCUAUCAUCAUCACCAUAGCGCGUACUCAGCCCACUAUCAUGAUCAGUCCAGCAGCCAACCGAAGCCUAUAACCCCUCCUCAACCUCCCGAGAGUGCUUCCAUCGAGGCGUCCAGGCCGCAUAUGAGACCCGUCUUCCCCGUCCAGACUUCCGACGCCUCGCCUUUCGAGACCACUCCUGCUCUCGUCCCGGCACUGCCCCCGUCAACCAGGGAAAAUGAGAAAGAAACCACUCAUCCGCAUACCCCCCACUCCGAGCCCAUUCCAAUCCAGGCUCCCAAGCCCAGGUUUCCUAUCUCUCCACAAAAGCUGGAGCAACAGCACCAUCAGGUGAUUGAGCAUGGCAGCCCCGGACUCUCCAAGAAGAAGCGUCAUGAUUCGGACGGCUCCGAGAGCUCUGACAGCUCCGAUGACUCCGAUUCGGCCCACAAGGCUUUGUUGGGUGCUGCCGCCGCCGCCGCCGUCGUUGCUGGUGCUGUUGCCGCAUCAAAGGGCAAGGAGAAGGAGAAAAGACGAGAGGAGCGGUAUCACGACUGGAGAGCUGGCGAGCGCGUCUCUGAGAGACGUACAGAGAAGCGCUAUGAGGAAGAACGCCGGUCUUAUAUCAAGCACGAGGAGAAAGAGGUAGUUAAGACGGUUGUGAAGACGCGCCGCGACAGUGAAUCCCAUAGCUACCGCGAGGAGCAAGAGCGUCGACGCCGGGAAGAAGAAGAGCAGCGACGCCGCCUUCUUGGCGAGCAAGAAGAACGCGAGUGCCGGCGUCGCGAGGAAGAGGAGCGCCUGCGUCGUGAAGAGGAGCUGCGCCGCCGUGAACAGCAAGAGCGGGAACGGCAACGCCGUGAAGAGGAAGAGAGGGAACGCCGGCGUCGUGAAGAAGAGGAACGCCUGCGCCGUGAAGAGGAGCUGCGCCGUCGUGAACAGGAAGAGCGGGAACGGCAACGUCGCGAAGAGGAAGAAAGGGAGCGCCAGCGUCGCGAAGAAGAGUUCCGCCGCCAAGAAGAGCUUCGUCGUCGCGAGCAGGAGGAACGCAGACGCCGUGAGGAAGAAGAGAGGCUUCGUCUUCUUCGAGAGCAGGAAGAAAAGGAGCGCCGACGUCGUGAAGAAGAGGAAAGGCAGCGUCGACUUCGUGAAGAAGAAGAGAGGGAGCGCCAACGUCGUGAAGAAGAAGAAGAACGUCGCCGGCGUGAAGAAGAGGAAAAAGAACGUCAGCGUCGCGAGGAAGAGGAAAAGGAACGUAAACGCCGGGAAGAGGAAGAAAGAGAACGUCGCCGUCGAGAGGAAGAGGAGCUUCGCCGUCGCGAGCAGGAAGAAAAGGAGCGUCGGUGUCGCGAAGAAGAAGAGCGUGAACGGCUACGUCGUGAAGAGGAAGAGCGCCGGCGUCGUGAAGAAGAGGAGCGCGAACGACUGCGUCGUGAGGAAGAAGAGCGUCGGCGUCGGGAAGAAGAGGAGCGCGAGCGUCAGCGUCGUGAGGAAGAGGAACGGGAACGGAAAGAAAAGCUCCGGGACCAACUCGAGCGUAUUACUCGCUUUGAGCGUGAGCGUCGAUACAAGGAGGAGCGCCGAUCUCAAGAGGCCCUCUUACGUGCCGAACGAAGCCAGCGCGCCAGGGAAGAGUCCGAGAAGCGUGAGCGCGAGGAAAAACGGGAAGAGAAGCGCCGGGCACCAAGCGAGCAGAGCGAAAAGCGUGAAGAUAAGGCGAGUAGGGAGAGUAGUCGCCGUCGUGACAAGGCCAAGGAGUCCGUUGUCAUUGUUCACGAGCGCGAAGCCAAGCCCGAGGUUGAUAAGGAGAAGGCGCCGGAGGCUGACAAGUCGGACUCUCUCGAGCUGAAGCCUAAGAAGUUAAGCCGUGAGGAGCGACGCGCUCAGCGCGAAGAGAGGCGUCGUAUGCUCGCUGACAUCCAGGCUCAGAUAGAACUUGAAAAGAAAAAGCGUGCUGCUCUGAAGGCCGGCCUGGACCCCGCUGCAGCCGAGCCUGCGCCUGAUCCGUCGAGCAGUGCGCCUGAGCCUCUGGUCGAGCCGUUGAAUCCUGAGGUCGAUCCGAGGAAGUCUACCACUGACCUCUCCCUGCCCGCAGCUGAAAUUGGCCCUCGCAAGUCUACCAUCGACCUGACAUUGCCUACGGUCGAACCCCCUGAGCCCGUUGACAACGUUCCCCAACCUCCCGCCGAGGCUCCCAAGCCCCCGACCGAACCCUUCCAGUUCCAGGUCCCUGAUGACGCCUCUUCGACUCCCAAACGCGAGAGUUCUCCCAGUCCUCCAUCCAGGGCUAUCACCCCUCAAAUUGUCACAGUGAAGCCUCCAUGGGAUGACGAGGAGCUUUCGCCGGUUGAAGAGUUCCCCCGGCUCAGUCGCCGUGAUACCUUCGAGAUCGAACAGCGCGAGUCUCGGGCCGCCGUCGAUGCGAACAGGUCCACGCUGAUGGUCGAUGCGCAAGAACAGCGGACACGUUCGCAGUCUCGGUCCCGAUCUCGCACCAGGACCCGUGAAGCAGAGCCGGUGCGGGACCCCAUCCAGGAGGAGGCCAAUCGCGUCUAUCGCGAGCGCAAGCUCCGCGAAAAGCUGGAGCAGGAAGAGUGGCGCUCACGCAGCAGCUCGCCAGCGCCCUCGCUCGUCGACAAGUAUUCGGAGCCGUCGAUAGACGAACCCAUCAUCCGCAUCGUAACGCCGCCCGAGAUGACGCGCCCGCUUCCCAGGGGCAAGUAUGAUGCUCCGAACGCCGACGUCCGCAUCGACAACAUCAUCUUCCCUCACGACCUCUCCAAGUUCCUCACCCCGCGUUCCAACGCUCCGGGCGUUUUCCCUGGCAUGAUACCCAUCUUCAAAUCGAGGGACCCCUCUGCCGAGCGCGAGCGACCCAUGCUCAACCUCGUCCUACCCACGCCACGGACGUCGCCCGAGCUGGAGAAAAUGAAGGCCAAGCAUGCGGCUGUAGUGGCCGCCGAGGACGAUGAGCCGGCGACGGCCUCAUCUCCUGAGCCAAAGUCACCAGAGCGCAAGACACCAGAGCGCAAGCCCAGGAUGAUCCUCACUGCCCGCGGCGAGGCGAUUGAGGUCCCUGAUGACUUUGGUACCGGGCGUGCUGUUGAGACGGACAGUCGCGAUUCGUCCCAGGAGCGGCCUGUGAGAUUUCGAUUUGGCUCCAAGAGCAAAUGGAACAAUCUCCUCACCGCAGCACUGGUCGGUUCCGGCAAGGGGAAGGAGAAGCAAACUGCUGCUGAGGGAGAGCCCGCUGCCCCCAUGAUGAUCGAGGCCACUUCUUCUGAUGACAAGAGCAAGGAUAAAGCAAUCGACCCAGCGUCACAGGAAAAGAUCCGGAGUGUGCUCGCGAAGCUCGCCCAGCCCAAGCCGACUCCCGCACCACAGCCAAAGAUGAUUAGCGUUCUGGACCGGUUGGUUGCAAGGUCUCAGUCUCAAUCUCAGUAUCAGGCUGCCGCCAGCAUCAAUGCACAGUCUGUGAGCGUUGACGCGCCAACGCCUGCUCCUGCGCCCUCUUCUCCGGCCCCUGAGGUUACCCCUCCGCAAGGCACGAGGCCUGAGCCAGAGCCCCCGCAGGUGAAGUCCCGCGAGCCGUUGACAUCUCCCGAACUAGACCCCGUUUCCCCUCUCCCGUCUUCUCCGAUUCUUCGGGGAACAGGCUCGUCGCAGGAUCUCGAAGACGUCCCUCCUAUCAUUGGACCAAAGCCCCCCAGCCCGCAUCCUGCUCAGACAACCGAGUCCAGCAAGGAUGACUUCGAGUUCGCUGCCACUCUGGCUGCCGGCCUGCAGAGCGCGGGAUUCGAUCCCAAUAUCGUGAUCAAUGACCCAUCCUAUCACCGCCGCGAAUCCCCUCUGGGUACGAGCGGGCCUCUGCCCGACGUGCCGUUAUCUAUUGAGACCGCCAACGACCUCGAUCUGAAGCCUUUACCUCGCAGGGCAUCGGGUAGUCUGGAAGAGCGGAGCGAACUAGUAAACCAGCCAGGACCUGUUGCUGAUCAGGAGAGGGUGGCAACCGAGGCUAGGACGGAGACUGAGGCUGAGAAGAAGGUCGACACGAGUAAGCAGGACAUCCCGGACUUAUCUUCCAGGAUAGGCGACGUGACAAGGGCAGUGGUUGACGUUGCUGUCGAGGGAGACUUGGAGGAGAGUACGAAGGUGCCUAAGGAGACGGAGAACACACCCCAGGCAGAGAACGAGCAGGUUACGAUAUCAGGCGAUCUGUUCAGCAAGUUUGGCAAGAAGCGGAGCAUCGUGGACGUUGCCUAUGGCAUAUUACGACGACCUGAACCUCCCGAUCCACCAAAGCGAGAAGAGUCGUUUCAACUGAUGGAGCGCGAGGCUUCUGACCUGACGACAGCUACCACGCAGGAGGGCGAGGACGUCAUGGUCGCUGUUGCUCCGAGCCCAGGUAACGGCCCGGCGAAGCCCCAGGAGCAUCCCUCAACCUCAACCGCAUCCGUCCCCCAAACCACCACGGCCGACGACAGCGAGCAUUCUUUUUUAGGUAAUGCCGGCGCCUUUGGCGCAGGCGCCAGCUAUCGUGCGGGAGACAUCUCUGUCACUCGCCUAAAUGCCACCAACCCUGAGAUUGUCCUGGCCACCGAGGACAAAUCCCAUGUGCAGCCUGCGGCAGAAGAGGCCUUUCGUGCUGAGCCUUCCAAAGAAACUCGCUUUCCCUUUCUCGUCCGGCGUAGUGUGAGCCCCAGCCGGCCGGUCGUCGAUGUCAGCAUCACCGAGGUCUUCCAGCAGCGUGACCUCAAUCCUCCGAUCGAGUCUCGAUUCACGCGUUCGCUCCUCUCGGCGACCGAGCCUCGCCCCGGCCCCAGCGGUCGUGAAGAGGGCUCCUAUUCCUUUCCAGCUGUGACAACAAAGACAACCACUGACGAGCCGCUCCCUCCCCUCCCGGACUCGGACGACGAAGAUCUCAACCCUCCAGCCCUCUUUUCAGCCCCCAACCCUCCUGAACUCCCCUCUCCCCAGACAAGCAUCGUCGAAGACCAACCGCGCGCUAUCGAACCUUCUCUCCCUAAAUCCCUGAGCAGUACUGUCCCUUCAGCUCAGAUCCCCGUUAUCGCAAAUCAGUCUCUCCCUCUGUCCGCUUCUUUUUCAGCUCCUUCAAUCGAUGAAGCGAAAGGACAGGUACGUCAGGUGCAGUCGGAGGGCGAGGGCAAGGCUGCUGGAAUAAGUUCUGGCUCGGGACGCGAGGCGCUCGUGGUCGUCCAGGAUGAGCAGCCGGAAGUCAGGCAGGAUGUAUUGGUUCAGCCAAGGCUGCCGGAAACAUUCGAGGUUGACCCAAUCCUAACGAGGGAAGCCCCGCCCUCUGAGACUCUCGAGACGCCCAGCUUGGAAAAGGCAACGCUGCAGUCGACGGACGAGCGCGAAGUGCCAAGCCAAGAGUUAGAGGGCCUGGUCAAGGACUCGGAGUCAUUCGCGCCUUUUAUGAUGCCGACAACCAGUGUGGAGGCUGUUCCUGGGCAAGUGACGGAAGAGCAGAAAGAGGUGGUGGACUUGGCGAGCCUUCCGCCCUUGCCUGAGAGCCGGCCGGAGACUCCCGUUGCCGAGAUCAAGGCUGUGGAUUCUCUUCCUCCUCAUCUAAUGGUUGAGGAGAUCCAGGAGCUCCCUCCACUUCCAGAGAGUCGUCCACAGUCUCCAGUGGCUGUGGCCGAGGCCACCACUUCGGUUCCUGCUCAGGUCAUGGGCGAGGAGACGCAGAAUCAGUCUACUGUCCCCGAGACUCUCUCCAAGUCUCUAAUUGUUUCGACUGACGACUCCAUGCCUGUCUCUGCGCCGGCUGCAGAUGAGGAGGCCAAGUGCCUACCCCCGAGCUCCGAGGCCCUUCCGGAAUCAUCAAUUGUCAAGGACGAGCCGGUCACCUUUGUCCAGCCAGUGGUUGAUGUCAAAUCGUUGUCUUUCCUUCCUCAGAGCCCUCCGGAGCCUGCAGUCAUUGAGGCUGGAUCUUCUGUUCUUGCCCAGUCGAGCGAGGCAGAAGCCACCAAGACGCUGCCGCCGCUCCGAACAACAGAGCCGGUCCUGCCAGUCCUGUCCCCGGAGAUUGCUUUCUUUGCCUUGCCAGCCGCCGACUUGGCUGCUCUCUCUCCUCUCCAUGAGAUCCGGCCUGAGUCUUCGACCAUUGCUGCCAAGGAUUCCGUGCUGCCUGUCCCGGUUCAGACGAAGGGUGAAGAAGAGGCCAGAGUUCUUCCUCAGUUUUCGGGACCUAAGCCGACUUCCCCUUCUUUGCAGGUCGAGGCCGCUCAUGCUCCUCAACUUCCGGCUGACGAAGCACUGGCGCAGCUCCAGCCGCUGCCUGAGAGCAAGCCCACACUUCCUGUGCUUGAGCCGUCACUCGCGACUCCUGCUGAGCUUUCAGCCCUCCCCAAGUCACAGCAGGACCCUGACUCGCUGCAUCUCGCUGUAUCCAUUGAGCCCGUCGAUGAUGACCAAAUCCAGGCCAGCGAGCAACCCAAGCCGGAAGAUGUCCCUUCUGCGCCCAACACACUUCCUGACUCACCUGAGCCCGUCUGCAAGAGUGUCAUCAUUGCCGAGGAGCCAUCAUUCGAGCAGGUGUCGGCGGUACCCGUCAACAUUCCUGCAGAAAAGGUUCAGGGAUCCCUUUCCCCUCUCCCAGAGAGUCGGCCUGAAUCAUUGGCUGCGCUGGCGGUUGAGCAGGCACAGAUCCAGCAGGCUGUUGAGAAGGAACUGUCCGUUGAGGUCCCCGAAGUGAAGGAUAUCUCUGCUGAAGGAGACCUUGAGCAGCUACCCCAGAACAAGCCGCUGUCGCCUGUGCUGAAGGAGGUCCCAGUUGUUGAGGCUGAGGCCGCGGCUGAGACUGAGCAGCUUCCUGCGGUUGCUGACAGUAAGCCUGCGUCCCCAGCGCUGCGGGUGUUUUCUUCAGGUGACAGUCAGAUUGAGCAGCUCCCUCUUCUCCCAGACCCCAAGCUCGAUCUUGUCCUGACUGAGGCUCCUGCGACCGACGCGGAAGCUGACCAGCCGCCUUCUCCUCCGGACAACAUUCCUGCCACCGGGUCGGCCGACCCAAUCGCUUCCACUUACACUCCUCUAGACCUAUCCUCGCUGCCGCCUCUCCCCGAGAGCGUACCCGAGUCACCAAUCGUGCAAGCUGAGCCUGCAGACUCCCACCAGGUGCCUGAUGCUGACCUCGAGAGGGUGCCCUUUGUCUCCGCCAGCAACCCUGCCUCUCCUGUCCUGGAGACUCAACCCCCUGUGACCGACGCCUCUGUCGAUGAGGACUUGGCGACCUCAGCCCCUCUCCCGGAGCUACAGCUAAUCUCUUCGGAUGUGCUCCCGGAGCUCCAGGAAGCGUCCCCUACACCAGUGGACGACAACGACGUCCAAUCGAUCUCACCUCCUCUUCCUGACUCAGCUUCCCUGACUCCGGUCGCCAGUCUGGCACCUCCAGCGCUCGCCAAUCAUGAGCUAAACUUGGCGAGAGAAGGGAACCCCCAACCUGACACUGUGAGUUCGUCAAGCCCAUCAUCGCCUGUUCUCGUCUCUACCCAGGCAGCUGCAGUACACGAAGAUGCGGAGGAAUUCCAACCAGCAACUGUGGCGCAAGAUGAGGCGGUGAUGACUGUUACCCAACCAAGCGUAGACGAACUGCCACCUCUCUCAAAGAGCCUCCCAGAAUCGCCAACUGAGGAGCGUCCGGCUGACGUUGCUGUGGACGUUGGGGUAGAGGAUCAGGCGGGUGCCCAGACUCCGAUUGAGUUCGAUGACCCGGUCGAGCAGCAAGAGGAUGUUUCCCAGGGAAUGGCUCGUGAAGUGAAGAUUGAGGGCGUUCCUUUGCUGCCGGAAGAGCGACCUGCCUCGCCGACUUCAGAGGAGCCGGCUGAGGCCGAUGCUGCACAUGUUGGGGGAGAAGAUCAGGCAACUGCUGUACUGGUCGAUGAGCCCGAGGUCAAGGUUGAGCACCCAGACAAUAUGGCUGAUGUUCUGAAGGCUGAGGAGCUCCCUCCUCUUCCAGGAAGCCGUCCUGGCUCACCGACAGAGGUUGCUCCCGCUGAGGCUGCUGUUGCGGAUGCUUCGGCGGAGGAUCAGACUCACGUUGCUUCUGCUGAUGAGCCUGAGGUUGAGCAAUUCGAUCUGGCGCCCGAGAUCACUCCUCAGAAGUCCAAGAUCGAGCUCCUCCCUGCGCUGCCUGAGGCCGGUCCGGCCACAUCUCUGCCGGAGGCUUUUCCUGAGGUCGCUGCUGGGAACAGCACGGUCGCGGGUCCGACAAGCGCUGCUUUUGUGGACGAGGUCGAGGCCAAGGCCGAGCAACUCGCAGCCUUGCAUGAACUUGAGCAAGCGACAAGCAUAGAAGACCUUCCUCCUUUGCCAGAAGCCCUCCCGAGCUCACCUGUGGCGGAUGUCGUUGCUCCUGUUGAGGACGCUCAGCCUGAACCGAUCACAACCACGGUAAACGAAGAACAAAAAGAGGAGCAGCUAAAGCCCGUCGCAACGACCCUUGACGAGACAGUGGCACAAGACCAGCAGCCAACUGAAGACCCCGCGGAGCUCCCUCCUCUUCCAGAGACCCGCUCCGUGACUCCUGUUGAGAAAACGACGGUCUCCGUUGCAGAUACUGAGGCUCCUACCAGCACGUCUCCUUCUGUUGAUGUCAAGACCGAGGAGAGCGAUGCUGUGCCUGAACAGGAGGCCACGGAACACAUGGUCGAGCUCGCUCCUUCAGCUCCUAAGCCCGAGGUCGAGGGCAGUGCCGCUGCCACGCAGGAAGAGGCCGUUAACGACUCCGUGCAGCUGUCUCCUCUCGCCGACGAGCCAAAGGCUGAGGAAGGGGACGUUGCUUCUCAUCAGGACAAGUCGGCUGAAGUCCCGGAACAGUCGGCUCCUCUCUCUGAGGACCGGCCCGCCUCACCCGCAGAUGUAGAGCCAGUGCCCAUCCCGGGUCCGGAGGAGGUUUCGGCUGCCGCCGCCGAGACUGACAAGGCUGUUGAAAUUGAACAGCAGACAACUGCGCUUGAUAAGGUGAUUGUGGCUGAGGAUCUUGACAAGCUCCCUGCUCUCCCUGAAAGCAGGCCCGACUCGCCCUAUGAACGGGAGAUCACUCCUGCUCUUGCUGCUCAGCCCGCCGAGUCAAAUCCUGAGGAGGAGGAUCUAUUCUUCGAUGCUAGCUCCGAGCCUUUCCCGUUAAAGGCCGAGGAGGAAGAAAUGGUUGCUGAUGAUGAUGCCCUUCUCCAAGAACCUGCACCCUGGGAAGAUGGUCCGGCGGUUGACGCUUACUACCCGUCUCGCCCCCUGUCGCCGAUUGCUGAGGAGGAUGCGGAAAUUGAUUCUGUCGUCGAGGAACCCGCUGCACGCCAAGAAGAACCCCCGGCUCUCGAUUCUCAUGCUAUCUCUCGCCCUCUAUCGCCGAUUGUUGAGGAAGAUGUGGAUGUUGCUCCUUCUCAAGACCUCAUUGCGAGUCAAGAAGACAUUCGGACUUUCACGGCUGAGGUUACCGCCCGGCCUUUUUCGCCAGCGCCUGUUGAGGAAGAGAACGAUGUCGAGUCUGCUCCCAUUCAAGAACCGGCUGUUAGCCAAGAAAUUGGCCCUGUUGCUCUGGAUGUUGCUGCGGGGCCUGCUUCCCCGAGGCCUGUUGAGGAGGAUAUGGAUGUCAUGCCUGCUCUGAUCGUCGAACCUGCUCAAGCUUCAGAUAUGGUCCUCGAUGGGUAUAAUGAAGAGAUGAAUACUCCCGUUCUCAGAGAGAGCCGUUCUGUUUCCCCUCAACUGUCGGAGGAUACCGUUGAGGCUGGUCCCGAGGCCGCCAAGUCAACUGCUGAAGAUGACACGGUUAUUGCUCCUGUUCCAGCCCCGGAGUUUGCUGCCGUCCAAGGUAGGAGAACCCUGAGCGCCCUGAUUGAUUACUCUGGCUCACACGAGUGGGCGGAAGAAGACACAUCAACGGCAGUCCCCGAGAGGCUUUCUAUGGAGAUAAAAUUUGUCCCCCUUCCUGAGAGCCGACCAGGUACACCUUCAUCCCCUGAAGUUCCUGCUGAAGCUGCAUCUCCUGCUCCUGCUGAGGCCAAUCGGGAUGCUUCUCCCGGUCCUGCUCCGGCUGACGGGCCUCUUUGUGGUCAAGAAGAAUUCCCAGCUGCGCCAUCCGAGGAAGCUCCCGGGCCACUCGAAAGUCAGCCAGAACAGUCCGAAUCGGCUCCUGCCACAGUCGUCCAUGUCACUGUGGAAGAGCUUGAGAAACAGCCCGAAAGAGCUGGAACCGCGCCGGCCAUUGUUUCCGAUGAAACGGCGGACGAACAAGCAGGUCAAGCUGUGCAGGAGGAUGAAGUCACCACUGUCGCAGCCGCCGAGGUCGCUGCGGAGGAGCUCGAGAAGCCAUCGGAGCAAGCGGAAACUGCCCUGGGUGUGGCUCUUGAGCAAUCUGCGGGUGAAGAACCUUCCCAGUCAGUGCAAGAUGAAGCUGCCGCUGUUCCGGUCGCCGAGCCUGCUGAAGAAUCCGAGACUCUUGCCGCACCAGCAGAACCGGCUCCAGAUGCUACUCCCGAGGAAGCUAUGGAUAAGCCCGACAGCCAAAUCUCAGAGGCAGAAGCCACCCCGAUCCCUGCCGCCGAGCCAUUUGAGAAGGUUGAGGAACAAUCGCCAGAGGAGGAACAGGUACCGGAUGUCGUCUCCCAGGUCCCAUUAGCGGAACUGGAAACCCUGCCAGCUGUCCCUGAAGCCACUGCUGCAGCGGCCGAGUUGCCGGAGGAGCUGGACGCAAAGCAACUUGUGCAUGUCAGCAUUGCCCCGGUUGUAUCCGAAACAUCCCUCGAGCCGGACAAUCAGCCUAUGCCAGCUAAGGUCCCUGACACGAUCACUGAGUCUCCGGUGCACGACGAGAAGCAGGCCGAGCAAGAAGCCAUUCCGGUUGUCUCGGAACCACCAGUUGUGGUGCCGGACAAUGAGCCUGCUCCCACCAAAGCUGUCGACAUGAUCACCGAGGCUCCGGUGGAGUUCAAGAAGCCACCUGAGGAAGAUGUGACAGCUCCGACCGUUGACGAGCCACCUGCAGAGCCCGCAAGCGAGCUUGAGCAAGUCCAGGCUGCAGUUGACGAUCCUGCCCCAGAGCCCGAGAGUCAAUGUGAUUUGGUCCAAGAUCCAGCUGCUGAGCCAUUCCCGAAGCCUGAAGAGUCACAGGUUCUAGCAGACAUCACUUCAUCCGCUCCCAAACAUAUGUCGACAGUGGAGGAGAGUCAACUUGCGCAAACCGAAACCCCUGCCAUGAGCGCUGAGAUCGUGGGCGAGCCCGAUAAACCAGACCAGCCUGUUGAGGAUGAUGCUGUUGUAGCUGUGGUUGACGAAACGCCUGUUCCUGAGCCAGAAAGCUCCGCCGGACAGGUUGAGACUACGGCCAUUGAGUCGGCUGAAGAGACCGACAAGCAGCUUGGGCAAGAAGACAUCGCACCUGAUGUUGUCCCUGAGCAUCCUGAACAGGUGUUAGAAACCCAACCUGAGCAAUUCGAGCCUGUCGUUGCUGAGCUUGCGGAGCCUGUCGAGCCCGGUAAGCCCGUUGAGACCGUGGAGACCGCUGAGCCCGAGAAGCAAGUGGUGCAGGAAGAGGCUGUGCUGCUUGUCGCUGAGGUCGCUGAACAACCUACCCAGGACCAUGAGAGCCAGCCCAAACAGAUCGAGGCUCCGGUUGACGAACCUGCCAAGUCCAUCGAGCCCGAGGAGCAAGCGGUCGAAGACGAGGUUCUGUCAGUUGUGGUUGCCGAGCAAAUGUCACGGGAGCUGGCAAGCCAGCUCCAAGUCGAGGCCCCAGUUGCCAACCCCGCUGAGCCCGAAAAGGAUGCAGUGCAAGAAGAGGCUCUCCUGGUUGUGGCGUCUGAAGCCCCAUCACAGAAGUCAGAGACGCAGCCCGAACAAGUCGAGGCCACAACUGGUGACCUGGCUGAGGCUGGGAAGGCUCCUGUGCAAGAAGAGGUUCCCGCUGUGGUUUCGGAGCAACCUUCUCAGGAUUCAGAGACGCAACCCCAGGAAAUUGGGGCCACGGUUGUCGACCCGGCUGAGGCCGAGAAGGACCCGGUGCAAGAAGAGGUUCCCUCUGUAAUUUCUGAGCGACCUUAUCGGGAGCCAGAGACUCAGCACGGGCAAGUCGAAGGCCCCGUCGCCGAGUCUGUCAAGCUUGAGAAGCCAGAAAUGCAGGAAGAGUCUGCCCAACCUCCACAAAAGCCUGAGAGCCUACCUGAGCAAGACGUGGCUCCAUCCGCCGAGCCCGAGAAGCAGGCUGUAGGCGAAGAGGUUGUCCCAGUUUUGGUUUCUGAGCAACUGUCAAACGAACCGGAGAGCCUGGCUGAGCCGAUCGAGGCUACAGCUACUGCGUCUGCCCAGGCUGAGGAACAAGCGUUGCAGGAAGAGUCCGUUCAGCUUCUGCCAGAGCCAAAGAGCCAGCGUGAGCAUGUUGAGACCGCGAUUUCCGAGUCGCCUGAGCCAGUGAAAGAUGUUGAGUACGAUGUCGCUCCAGUGAACACCAACCUUCCUGCAGAGCCGGCGGGAGAGCCUGUUUCGACGGAUGCCCCUGUCCCGGUCACCGGGCUUGCUGACGAGCCCGACAAGCAAGCCGCGCAGGAUGAGGUUCCGAGCGCGGUCCCUGAACAAGCGUCACAAGAGCCUGAGCAACUCGAACAAUUAGAGGCCACACCUGCCGAGCCUGCUGCACUCGAGAAUCAAGCCACCGAAGAGGAUUCCGCUCCGGCUGUCGACGAAAUUCCUCUAAAGCCGGCAAGCCAGCCCGCACAGGUUGACGCUGCGGUCAUCGAGCCGAUCAUGGCCCCUGAGGAGAAGCUCUCACAGGCGUCAAAGAGCGAGCCUGCACAAGCCCAGGACAUGGUCACAGAGCUUCCCGAAGACCUCGACGAACAGCCUACCCAGAUCGAGCUCCCUGAAGCUGGUUCCAAGGCUCCUGCUACGGUCACCGAGCUCGCUGCAGAACCCGGAACGCAACCUGAGCUACCAGAAGCCUCGCUAACUGCAGUCUCUAAGGAAAGCUCAGAUCCCCUGGAGAGUCACAUCGCACAAGCCGAAGCUACUUCUGCCGUUAUCGAGCAAUUAGCAACAAAACCUGACGCUCCCGAGACGACGUAUCCUGGCUUGUCAGCUCUGAUCACUGCUUCCCAGCCCCUUUCACACAAAGCGUCGUCCACCUCCCUGCCGGACUCUAUUCCAGCUCCGAGUCGAACGCUGAAGGCAUCAAGGAUACCUGUUCCCUUGCAAAGCCGCUCGACUAUUCCCCUGCACAGCCGGUCUUCGGCUCCGUCACUGCGCUUGACCCGUUCGUCCACUAUGCCGCUUCCCAAAAUCUCUACUACGCCGCCGCCUGCGCCAGAGUCAGCCGAUGACAGCAAACAACCCUUAUCUCCUAUGCGCCGAGCGGUUCCUUCAGUCCCGCGACAGCAGUUUGCUGCACUCCGGACACAGUGGGAAAAGAUCACAGCGAGCUCCAUGGCUGAGCCAACAAGCCAGCUGCCCCGGCCAUCUCAAACGUUCAACGAGUUCAAGAGUAAUAUUCCCCGACCGGAGAAGACACCUUCGCCUACGCGCACCUUUGACAGGCCGAAGGUCCUAGGGGGCUUCUCGAAGAGCGAACCGGCGGAGCCCAAGCUGAGCAUGCCCUCUGCUGCUGAGGCCGCCCCUACUACUUCCUCACGCAGCCUUAUCAUUUCACAUAUGCGGCAAGAGGAUCCCAACCAGGCCUUUCAGCAGCCCGAGCUACAGCGGCAGUUGGGUCUUGGAGUCACGGGUUCAGAUCAGGAUGAAAACGAUGAGAGCGUCCACUCGUUCACGGAAGAUGGCUCCACUAUCGCGGCGUCCGAAGCACCUACCUAUGUGUCGGGCUCUACAUUCUACGAAUCCCAGCCUGACAAUUCCGGCAAGCUGGAUGACACGCCGCCCAAGAAGGGAACUCUCGGCUCUCUACUGGGAAGCCAGGGACCAAAGCAAGCCAAGGUCGACGUCAAAGACUGGGCACUCACGUAUCCCCCGUCACCCCAGGCCAAGAAAAAGAUGGAGGACAUGGCAGAGUCGCAAGGAGCAUCGGAGAUCCAACUUGAGGAGCCAACAAUGGUGGAUUCGCCCAUCUCGAAAAGGGAGAAGCAGGUUACCUGGACUGAGUCCGAGUCUGAGGUACCAAAGCAAGCUCAGCCGGCCGAGGUGACCCCGUCCGGAGUUUCUGCAGACAAGCAAGAGUCGACUCCUGCUAUGUUGCAACAGCCCCAGGAACCGACACCCACGCCGUCCACGGUGCAGUCCAACGUCCAGCAGCCAGCAGAGGCGACAACGCGCGACGAGCCAAGGCCACAAUCAGAUUAUCCCGAAAAGCCGCAACUUCGCCGAAGCACUACGGCGGAGUUGACCAGGAGUACAGCCUCUCGGUCGAUAUCGCCUGAGAAGCAACUUCGUCGGAGCUCUACUGAGACUGACGCUCCAGCUGGCAGGAGCUCUUCGGAAAGCACCCGCAGUACCGCUUCCAAGAAGGGGCUCUUUGGCUCGCGGUUCGGCGGUCUCCCGUCGCUACCAGGCGGCUUCGGCUCGUACCUCAACAUUGGCAUACGGUCGGCUGGCAAGGCAACAAAGCAGGCUCGUCAGUCAUCGCAGAGCCCACCUCAGACUCCAGAGAGGGAGGAGGCUCCUGAGAGACAGGAAACGCUCGAGAGGGAGGAUAUGACAGCUGCAAGCCAGCCUGAGCCUGAGCCUGAGCCUAAGCCUGAACCUCAGCCUCAAGAUCAACCUCAGCCACAACCACUCCCGUCUCCACAGAAGACAUCCAGGCUCGGCGACUCAUCCAGACUCAACGAGCUUAGUCAGUUCCCUAGCACCAUCCGACUGGUUCCUGCCGAGGACGAACCAGAUGCAUCUGAACCCCCAGCACCCGACCCUCCUCUCGAGAAGACGAUGCCAGCGGAGAUAAUCGUGACAGAGACACAUAUGGAAGAGGUCAAGGUCGAGCCCACAGUACCCACAAAUUCGUCUUCGGCAGCGUCGCUGUCUCUGGCACCAACGACCAGCCUGACAAUCGACAACAUUGACGCUCAGACCGAUGCAGCGUCUGUCGUGACUGAUGAGCAGCUUUUUGCCUCACAAACCAACCUCGCAGCCACGGCCGAACCCUCUGGUAGCAGCAAGAAGAAAAGGAACAAAAAGAAAAAGAAGAAGCGGAGCAGCGUGAGCAGCGUGACCGCCGAGGGCUCAUCUCAAUCGGGACCAUCCGGAGCCGGAUUCGUUCAGCAGCAGGCGAUCUCAUCACAAACGCAGCUUUCCAGAGUGGACGAAGGCAAAAUCUUCCCGGACAACAACACGAUGAAGGGCUCCGACGCAGAUAACAAGAAGAAGCAGCCCAGCGCCGGCUUCACACCGCCCAUGGAGGCGCAAGUGGUAAACAACUCAGGCCCAGUAAGCACACCUAGAGGUGAGACCGACAACACCAACGAUAGGCACCCCAGAAAGGACUCGAAGUUCGAGGAUCCUUCAGCGCUAGCCCCCUCACGGAAUGGCCACCAGUAUGUGGACGCCGAGACCGAGGACCGGAAGCGCAGCAACGCCGAAGUUGGUGUUACAAAUCCCCUGCAAGAGCAUGCAGCCGCGAGCGGCGAUAGAGUGACGAGGACCGGUGAUGUUAACGUGGGCUUUUUGUCUUCACAGGCUUCAAUCUCCGACGAGCAAAAACCAGUUUCGGCCUCGGCCGGCUCGGAGAGUUCCGCCGCCGCAGAAGCGAAGACCACAGCAGCGGCAGCAAGCAAUAACAAUACGGAGAAGGCUGAGGAAGCCAAUGCCGGUACCAGUGCCGGGUCCGGCAUCCGGGGACUUGCCGGAGUUGGGGCAAUGGGGCUGGGUUGGAGACAGGUUGUGGAGGGCAUGAUUGGGACGAAUAAGAAGAACGCGGAAGGUCCACUCUCUCGAAGUGCGCACGACGACGACGAUGGCGAUGAUAGUGAUGUUGGUGAUGCUCUCAGAAAUGAGCUUGGCAGCGAUCGCAAUAGCAGCAGCAGCAGCAGCAGCAGCAGCAGCAGCAGUGGCACCGUUUCAGCCGAGCCUGCUGCAGGCCCGCUGUUGGGUCUGCCAGGUCUGCCAGGCGGCUUGCCGGGCGAUGCGGCGGGCGCACCAGGGCUGGGCAGCCAGGGCAGCGCCAGUGAGCCAACGACAAGUGGAAGAGGUGCAUUAGCGACCGAGCCCGACGGUAACCAAGAGCCAAUGGCAGCCGACGCCCCAGCCUCCUCCAGCCAACAAGCGUUGCAGUUGACUGAGUCGAAGCCGUACCAGCAGAAGCAGCAAAAGCAGCAGCAGCAGAAGCCCGAGCUUGGUCCCGAUGCCGACCAGCCCACACCGCCCGCAUCUCAUGCGCUGCAGUCUGCUGCUCAGCGCGAGCUUGGGAGUCACUCUCAGCCUCAGCCUCGGGUCCUAUCGGUCCCGUCCCAUUUUGACCCUCAGUCGCAGACUCUCUCUCACGGCUACAGCCCGGCGGGCAGAGGGCAGCGUGAUAAGCUAGACUGCGCGUCUUUUUCUCCUCGCGCCCAUCCUGGAGCCGGUCCGGCAUCACAGGCCGAGGAGCAGCGGCGUCCUCUCACUGUAGCUCAGGUUGGCGUUGUUGACGUGGUUGGUGACUUCGAUGCCACGCCAUCGCCCGUGUCCAUCGCGCACAAGCUGCACGCGGCUGUUGUUGAUACCCCGUUCUCAUCGCGUAGCAUUGAAGCCUCACCACCAGAGCCUGUGCUUGUGCCUGUGCCUGUGCCCGUGAGUGAGCCUGAGAGUAGGCGUGAACUGCCAACACCGUCAGCGCCCAUCGCGUCGUCGCCGGUUAGUACUGUCUUGCACGAUCAAUUCGCCACUUCGGUCGUCGCAAAAACUAUCGACAACACAGCCGAUCCUGACGCCGACGUCUUCGACUCCGACUUUAACUCUGAUUCUGACUCCGACCUUGACUGCGACGCGGAGGACAUGCAGAACCUCGAAGACGAACGCUCGCGCUACAGCCUGCUCAACAAGAACAAGAGAAAGCGGCGCAAGCCCCGGCUGGAUGCUGAGCCAUGGCCCCUUGGCUCACCCGAGCAGACUCCUCGCAAUGAGCCUGAAAUCCCCCCGCUGUCGACCCUUCUCCCCCCAGCGGCUUCCUCACCGCCAGCCUCUCCCGUCACCAGCACGUCUUUGGAAAGCCGCCGCCUGUCGCGAACCGUGGCGCAGCUGAGCACGGUUGAGGAGGUCACCGAACCUGGUACCAACAGCGAGUUUACCGUGACCGAUGACAGCCGCUCACGGGCGUCGGAUGAUGUCAGGCCAUUCCGCAGGAGCAAGCCUGUCUUCGCCGGCCUCGAGCUGGCUGGCGCCGACUCUGGUGUCAGUCCCGAUGCGGCUUCUUCCCCCAACUUCACCCAUCCACACUCCCUUCCGUCGACAAACCCUCCGACGGAAUUUGGGGGUAGUGAACAGGGUAGCGAGUCGGCGUCGACAGGGACAACAGGCACCGGUGCCGGCACGGGUACGGGUUCGGGUUUGGGUUCGGGGAUGGGGAUAGCCACGACGGCGCGUGUUGUCGCCGCUCUCAACUCGCUCAAGAGGGCAGCCAAGAAGAAAAAGGAUCGGCCGCCGGGCCUGCGGCGUAAGGCGUCGGUCAUGUGGGAUGUCGAGCCGUGGCCUAACAGCGGGGAGAUGGAUGAGGAGGCGGUAUCGACGGGUUCACCCACGCCGACGAGAGUGUUGUUUGGUGAGCGUGGUAGGCAGAUGCUAGGGGCUGUCAAGGAGGAGGAUUUGCUUCCUGAGCAGGUGGUAGAGGAUGCACAGGAUGGCACGGAUCGGUGUCCGGGAAAUGUUGAGCAGCCGGAGUCUGGGGAGGUUCUCGGGUCGGAAGUCCCUCGUCAACAAGAGCCGGAGCCCCAACAGCAGCACACCCAGCCGGCGGAGUUCCCGAAAGAGCCGGCAGAAGUGAAGUCAAGACAGUCCGAGCCCGAGCCCGGGCCCGCGACAGUACACCAGGAGGAGUCUGCGAUCGCGGAGACCAUGCAAGAGCUGGACCCGACAGUUGCUCUCGCUGCUGAAGCGGGAGCUGUUGACACUACCCCGGCUGAGCAGUCUAUUCCCGUCCUAGUCCCCACGGCUCCUGUCGAGGAGGUGCCCUCUGCUGAGACCACUGCUGACGAAGAGCCUGUUUCUGCCGUCGGGUCCUCCGGCGAACUUCCUCCUCGUGAGGUUCCUAUCCAGACUGCUGUUUCCAAAGCCGUCAAGGAAAUCGUUCUUGAGCCAGUUGACGGGCCAAUCCAUGAACCUUCGCAGCCUGACCUUGUUCCUGGACUCGAGCAUGAAUCUAAGCCUUGGGUGACCGAGACGGCUUUUGCUAAGGAGUCUGUUACUGAUCUUGACAAUGCCCCAGAGGCUGCUGCUGCGAGUUCGUUGGCUGAAGAGCCAUCUGCUCCUGUUGACGAGAUUUCCAGGACCGCUGACUUUGCAGGAUUGGCUGAGGAGACAGUCGAGAGCGUCACGGAGGAUCGGGCUUUGCCUGUCGAUGGGGAGUCGGUACAAGUCUCCGAACACGAGGAGAAGGCUGUGGUUGAGGUCAAAAUCAAGAAACAAUUUGAGCAGUUAACUCAGCCCACCAUUAAGGAACCGAUACCUUCUCUCGAGCCCCAGCCAGAGCCCGAGGCUGCCCCCGACGCGUCGAGGAUUUCGCAUCCUGCCGAGGAACCGGUUCCCGAGGCUUCCCCGGAACCUGUCAAGAAGGCUGUUGACACCAAGGAUGACUCAGACGAGACAGCACUUGCUGCAGGUGGCGCCGAGAGUCAAGAAGAGGGCUCCGUGGUCAAUGUUCCGCUCUCCACGCCCGCCAAAGACGGCAGCCAGACACCCCGUGAGGAGGCCAAGAAGACACGAGUCCAGGUCUUGGCUAAGUUGCAGGAGCUGGACGACGAUGGCGGUGUCAAAGUUACCGAGGAAGAAAUUGUUGUUCCCAGUCCGCAGGAGCAGGAGCAGGAAGAGGAGGAGGCAGACACCACCAGGACAGCGGUUAACGAGGCUACGGUUGAAAUCGAGGAGGACGAUGCCGAUCCGGCUGCUGUUCCGAUCAAGAGCAAGCCAACCAUCGGGCUGGGCCUAAUCCCCGAUGCGUCGGAUCCGUACCCGCCGGGUGCGCCGUCGCCGACGUUGCUUUCUCCGGAAAUGUCGACAAGUGAGACUGGUGAAGAGGCCUUGAUCGUGUUAGAGGAGCAGGUCAUGAGUUUGUUGCCGGUACAAGAGAGCAGCAAUAUGGUUCGUGAACAGUCACGGGAGCAGGACCUUAAGGAUGCGGAGCAGCAGAGCAAGAGGACCAAGACAAGUGAGGGCGAGGAUGAAGAGAGCGUAGAGAUCCCGGUCCACGGGGUUCUGAUUAUGGCUGAUGAAGAGGAGAAGGAGCAGGAAGGUGACAGGGUUGUGGAUCGGGCUUCUGUGGAGGAUGGCUCAGAGCAAGGGCAUGAUAAGACUUCUUCUGAGGCAGAUGUGGCCGCUGAGGCUGUGCUUACGGAGAACGAGGUACAGCUGAGCGACAAGGUCAAGGAGGAAAUCCUAGUGGCAGCGGAUAAGGCAGCUGCGGUUGUUGAGGACAAGGUGGAGGAGAAGGAUGCUCGCGAUCAGCCGGACAAGGCGGAGGCAAGCAGCUUGGUGCAGCCUGCAGAAAAUGUGGAUGGAAAGGAUAAUACGGCUGGGAACGAUGCGGAGGUCAACGAAGCGGCGGGUCACGACAAGAAAGAGGAUGACAAGGAAGCAGAGGUCAAGAUGGAGGGGCACAGGCUCUCAUCGGGAUCAGGGCUUGGGAGGAUGGACUCGGAGACGAUCCCCAGGGCGCUCCGAGACCCGGCAUACGCAAAGGAGCUGGAGGAAAAGAGACAGUCGAGGGAACGGUCACAGUCACCGGAACCAGUACAGCGGUCGUUUUCGUUCCCCGAGGACAUUGCCGACGAAGAUGUGUUCACCACCAGGGACCCCACGGCGGACGACAACAGCAACGACAAUAGCAGCAUCAACAACGCAAUCGGCAACAGCACGGACAAGAAGCAGGUUCAAGAGACCGAUCCACAAGAUAUGCCGAUCUGUCUCCCGCGGCUAUCCAACUUUCAUGAGUUUAUGCGGUCACACACGAGCCUGCCGACUGUCGAGGAGGAGUUGUCGGAGGAAGAGGAGAACGGGGAACCGAUCAAGAAGACGCCGUCACCGGAGGAGAGACAGGAGAAACGGAGCCGGCUCAACCUGCGCGGCAAGCGACGCAUUCCCGGCCCACCAUCGGGAGCCCAGAUGCACCGGGACAGCGGCUUCGAGGCCGAGACGACGUCGCCCCGAAUCCCCCCUCCGACCGAGGCCGUGCAGCCCUUGCAUGUUCAUCGAGACAGCGGCGUGCACCUGGAUAGUCCGCGUUCGCUGUCGCCGCGCAUUGCGUCUCCGGCAUUGCUCCCGCCGACAACUCCGUCACCGUUGCGCGGGCACCAGCAGCAGAGUCGAACCUUGGGGCCUGAGACGCCGCGAUUGGCCGAGCCUUCACCGCCGUCGACGACGCCCGAACCGGAGAAGCUUUCCGUCGCCAAGACGCGCGGGGUCGGAGCUCCAGGUGUGUCAGUGGCCAGCUCAGACAAUGGCGUGCAGCAGCUGCAGAAGACUUUGCAGAAGCAACGCAGCGUGUCGGACAGCUGGCAGCCCGUGGGCAGUGGCCCCAGCCCUAGCGCCAACCCCAACCCCAACGCCAGCCCUAGCCCCAGCCACUCGAAUUCCCGGUCCAUUUCCACUGGUCUUCCACUUGGGGCUGCUGGUGCGGGUGCUGCUGCUGUCCCCCCGCGCAGAGUCAUCUCGCCCAACACCGUGACGGUUGUGGCCAACACAGGCAUUUCUCGCCUGCGCACGCCCGAACCCCUCCACCUCAACCCUUCCGUCUCCCCAUUGCGGCCUGACACUCCAGGUACUUCUCCUCUUCAACGAGUCGCCAAGCGGCCUGAAAGUGGCGACCUUCGAUCCGUCAGUCGUACCCAAACUCAGCCUGCGACUUUCUCCCGCACCUUGAGUCCUGCAGCAGGCCUUGUCACCGCCAAUCCUGCUACCUCCAGCGUCGUCGGAGGUGCUCCUCUGUCGUCUGCUUCUCCGUCCCCAUCACCAUCGCCUGCUCCCGGUACCGUUGCAGCCGGGGCCCUGCCUGCAUCAGCAAUAACACCACCCGUCAGGCUCCCCCAGCCUUUGUCAUCCAACACUACCACCAAUACCCCGCCCGUUGCGAAUGAACGUCGUGCAAGGACCAGGGAGAUGACCGAUGUCUAUGAUGGCUAUGGCGAAGGCCGCAUCGGCUCGCCGCGGUCGCCAACGCGACCGCACAGCAUGCGUCGACGUCAGAGCAUGCAGCUGCUCGAGCUGGAGUCGCGCAUCGAGCAGCUGAUGGCCGAGAACCGAAUGCUCGCUGAGGCUCGCGCCCAGGCGGAGGCUGCCAUGGCCCGUCGCGAUGUCAGCUACCUUGCCGAGCGCGAUCACGAGAUCGAGUCGCUCAAACGCAUGCUGAGCGAGGCCAACGAGGUCAUCGACCGCCUGAAGCAAACGAACGAAGGCCUUCGCAGCUCCACAUCCGCUCUGGCCGUCAAACACCACGAAGAGAUCCGCCGCCUCGAGGACAACCAUGCUCGUACCGCCCGCGAGCUCGGCGAAGCCCGUACUGCCGUCGCAAAAGCCGUAAAGGAAGUCGAGCAUGCCCGUGCCGCCGCCCAGCAAGCUGCUCGGGAAGCCGACCAGGCCCGGGCCCUUACAGCUCAGCAGGCCCGGGCCCUCCAGGAAAAGGACGCCGAGAUCGCUCGCCUGCGUGCCCAGCUUGAUGCUUCGGCCGAGCAGAUCCGCGAACUGCAGCAGCAGAUCCUUGCCAACACCCGCCUGCCAACUCCUCCGCUCGAGUCCAACCUGCAAGACUUCCUCGAAAUCCACGACAUCGACUACUUCGAUACCCGUUGCCAACAGCUGUGCGCCCAUGUUCAACAAUGGGUUUUGCGUUUCUCUAAGUUCAGCGAUAUGCGUGCCUGCCGCCUGACCUCAGAGCUUAAUGAUGAGAAGCUGAUCGAUCGCCUCGACAAUGCCGUCCUGGACGGUUCCAGUGUCGACAAGUUCCUCAACGACCGCGUCCGUCGCCGCGACAUCUUCAUGAGCAUGACCAUGACCAUGAUCUGGGAGUUUGUCUUCACCCGCUACCUUUUCGGCAUGGACCGCGAGCAGCGCCAGAAGCUCAAGCAGCUCGAGAAGCAGCUCACCGACGUCGGCCCUCCGCACGCCGUCCGUCAGUGGCGCGCUAUCACGCUGACCCUGCUCUCUCGUCGUCCGUCCUUCAAGAAGCAGCGCAACCAGGACACCGAGGCUGUCGUCCAGGCCAUCAUGGACACCCUGUCCAAGAUCCUGCCACCGCCUUCGCACCUGGAGGACCAGAUCACCGCUCAGCUGCGCCGCGUCAUACAUGAGGCGGUCAGUCUGGCCAUCGAGAUGCGCUGCCAGCGUGCCGAGUACAUGAUGCUGCCCCCGCUGCAGCCCGAGUACGACGAGAGCGGGGAACUCGUAGAGACCGUCACCUUCAAUGCGGCCCUGAUGAACGAGGCAUCGGGCACUGUCGGCCUUACGAAUGAGGAGCUUGAGGCUAGUGGGGCCACAGUCCGGGUCGUGCUUUUCCCGCUUGUGCUAAGGAAAGGAGAUGAUAUGGGCAUGGGAGAUGAUGAGAUUGUCGUGACGCCCGCGCAGGUGCUUGUUGCGGAGUCUGGCCCCAGCAGGAGGGGCUCGCCUGCCAAUCGCCAUAGUGCAGAGAAGCAGAGGAUGCUGACGCCGACGUCUGAUGCCGGCGGAGUGAGUAUCGUUCCUGGAACUGGGAGGAGUAACUUGACUGUGGGAGGCAGUAAUAAGGGGGGGAAUAUGAGUGAUGUUAGUAUGGGGUCAGGGAGCCCCCAGGGCGGUUAUCUUUGA